CCCGUCAAAUACGUAAUCCAAAAGAGCGGAAGAGUAGAGAAGCAGAAGCUCAAAAGUGCUCAAACACACAGACCAUGGCUUCUUCGACUCUACCGUUCACUCUCUCCCCUGCUUCGCGUCCCAGGAUAGAGCUGCGAGCUGGAAAUUCGAUGGCUUGUAACUGCUCAUUUAGGUCGCAGCCACUGGUCUUAUCGCAAAUGAAGAAGGACAGUAGAGGCCGGAGAGUUUGGCGGCGAAGAAAAUUGACAAAGAAAGAUGAUAUGCUGCGUUACAAGCUGGAGAGAGUACCCUUCUUAGAGGAGCAAGUCAGGAAGAUACAGGAUGACGGAAAGCUGCUAACUAUGGAUCUCGAGAGACUACUUCUAUCGGAGGAAAACCGGUUCGAUUUUGUGAAUGAGAUAGCAGCCGAGGCCACCGAGUAUGUCGUGAACAACAGGGAUGAGUAUGGAGGCCAGAAGAAAGCCAUUCUUCAUGUCAUCAGUAACCGAGUGAAUGAUGCUGGGUUUUACAGGCCAGACGCUUAUGCAGAGACUGAUCCAUAUAAGCCAGGGCCCUCCUAUUUGAAGCAGUAUUUUACAUAAACAAUGUGAACUGGUGAUAUUAAUCAUGAGGGUUAAAACUUUCACUCUUCUGGUUAAUUGGUUACAGUUAUUCACUUGCUGAUGAUUUAUAUGCAAAUUAGAUGUAUUUCAGAAUGUUGGAUUUGAUUCAUAUAGUUGUGGUUGAUAAUUGAUGAUAAAGCUGAAAAAUUCCAAGGCUGAAUAUUCACAAGGUUGUGGUUAUGUACCAUAUCUAAAUCAAUCUUGCCUUUCUCUGUUGGAAUUUCAUAUGUAAUAGUGACCUAAAAUCCUACAUC